AUGUCAGGUCAUAAGGAAAUACAGUUUCACUCUUUGAGGAAGGAUGAGCUGGUAUACGAGGUCUCGAUCAGAUCCGAGACUCCGGGUAGUACUGUAGAUGAGCUUAGGAGGCAGAUGCGAGGCCUCAUGAUUGAGUGCCCCUCGACUGCCAUAUUAGAAACAAAUAUAGACAGCAACACCGAAUUAGUAAUAAUUAAUGAUAAGUUAAAUGAACUAGCCACAAUUAUUGAAGGAUGGGGAAAAUCAGGUGAUAGGGGAUCUAUAGCAAGGGCAGAGGCCCUAGCCUAUCACCUGUUUCAUAGAGUAAACAGAUUGAAGGUCGACGAAUCAGCUAAGGUUUCAGCCAAGGUCGGGGAGGCCAGACUGAGAUUAGGAAAAUUUAUUGCAAUCAUUGAAGCGCCUGGAAAAAAUGUUUCAGAACAAUUGUCUACAUCUUCUAAGCCGUCACCUUCAGCGGAGGCUUCGGAAAUAGAGUGCUCCGGGGACAAAAACCUGGCGAAGUGGAACCUAAAAUUUAAUGGCUCCACCGAUCCGCGCUCCUUCGUCGAACGAGUGGAGGAGCUUCAGCUUUGCUACGGUGUCUCUGAGGCUAAACUCUUCAGGUCGGCGGUUCAGCUGUUUGAAGAUCAGGCACUACUCUGGUACAGAGGUAUCAGAGAUCAGCACCGCUGAACAAGCUGACCAGCAAAGGGAGGAACGCGCCGAGGUUCCAGUGGAACGAGGCAGCUGACAAGGCCUUCUCGUUGCUAAAAAAUGCAUUGGUGUCAGCUCCAGUAUUAGCAGUUCCUGAUUUUAGUAAGCCUUUUACUGUCCAUUGUGAUGCUUCGUCGUACGGUUUGGGGGGAAUGUUGUCACAGAUGAUCGAGGGUCACGAUCAUCCGAUAGCUUAUGUUAGUAGAUCUUUAAAUAAGAAUGAAAGGAACUACAGUGCUACGGAACGGGAGGCCCUAGCAGUCAUAUUUGCAGUCGAAAAGUUCCAAGCGUACUUAGGAAGUAGGAAGUUCACGAUAGUUACAGACCAUUCGUCUUUAAAGUGGUUUUUGAAUUUGGAAAAUCCUUCUGGUAGGUUAGCUCGAUGGGGUUGCCGACUGUCUCAAUUCGAUUUUGAGAUAGAACAUAGAAAAGGCACAGACAAUGUAGUUCCUGAUGCUCUAUCGCGACUCAUGAAAGUUGAGGCAAUCCAUGCAACGUCUGAUACACCUACCUCAGGUAUGAAAGAUGAAUGGUAUGAGAGGAUAAAAAAUAAUUGUGUUUCUAAACCUACACACUUUCCAAAUUAUAUGGUUAAAGAUAAUAUUUUAUUUCGCUUAAGUAAAAGCAAGUAUGAUCUAAUAAGCGAGUUUGAUUGGAAAGAGGUCAUUCCAAAAGGUUUGAGAAACAAAAUUAUAAGUGAGAACCAUUGUGAACCAACAGCUGCACACCUAGGUGUUUUUAAAACACAUAGACGCUUAUGUUUAAGAUAUUUCUGGCCGGGUAUGUACAAAGACAUAGAAAAUUUCGUAAAAUCAUGUGACGUAUGUAAAGCAUAUAAACAUUCUACACAAGCAGUCCCUGGUUUGAUGGGGAAACCAAAGGUAUGUUCACGUCCCUUCCAAGUAGUGAGUUUGGACUUAGCGGGUCCACUUCCACGAAGUAGGUCUGGAUACACAUACCUGCUAGUAAUAACGUGCGUUUUCUCUAAAUACACUCUACUAUUUCCGUUACGCCGCGCAACAUCAGCGUUGGUGGCUAAAAACUUCGAAGACGGGUUGGUCCUGGUACAUGGAGCGCCGGAGACGGUAAUCCUGGACAACGGAACACAAAUGACCGGUUCCGAGUUCAGGAAUGUCAUAAAGCGCUACAACGUGCCAAGGCUUCACUAUACUCCUCGUUACACUCCGCAAGUAAACCUGGUAGAACGCUACAACAAAACAAUUAUGACCGCUGUAGCGUCGUAUGUAGAAGAGGAUCAUCGAACCUGGGACCUAAAUCUAAGAAAGAUCCAGUUCGCAAUAAAUAGCGCGAUAAAUGAAUCGACUGGGUUUUCACCGUUUUUCUUAGUACACGCCCGUGAGCCAGUGAUAAACGGAGAUUUCUACUUAGAUACGCAGAGUGAGUACAAGGUAGCUAUGCCACGUGAUGAAUAUGCUGGGAAGUUUGGAUGCAUGGAGGAGAUUUAUGAUAGUGUUCGCAAGAAACUUCUAGAGGCACACGCUAGGAACGCACAAUAUUAUAACCGUAGGCGAAGAAAUGCUAGAUUCGCAGUAGGGGAUUGGGUAUGGAAAACCACAUAUACACAAAGUGACGCGCAAAAAUUCAAAAUGGCAAAGCUUGCUCCUAAAUACGAAAAGUGUAAAAUAGUCAAAGUAUUGUCACCACUAGUAUACGAACUAGAGAGGAAAGACGGUACAAAAAUAGGCUCUUGGCAUAUUAAAGACCUAAAACGGUAGACUAACUCAUAUAUUCGUCCAUAAAGUGUAUAAAUACUAAGUUAGGUACUUAAACACACAAGAAGAAUGGUAAAGUACACUUAUAAAUACAAAUAGGUUACUACAGUUUGAUAGAGUGAUGAAUGAAAGGUCAGUAUAAAUGAUGAGGUAGGUGUGUAUUAGAAAUGGAUGGAUCAAGUUGGAUUGGGUUAGUCGGAAAUUCCUGAAAGGUGAUUAGAGAAAUAUUAUUAUCACGCUAUGAACAAAAUAUAGUUCGUGAGAUAUUUACUGUGCUGUGUUUAACACAGAGACGCUUUGUUCCCAGAGAUCUGUUAGCAAUCGUUGUGCUAGGAAUUAUUCCCAGACUCUGGGCAUUUAUUAUGGAGUCAUAUGAACUCAUUUCACAUGGAGACUCAGUCCCAUGUUGGUAUAUGGUAUAGUGAUAACAUGUAUUACAGUUUGAAAUAGGCUGUGUUAGAUCAA